CGGCCGGGGCGGGGUCCCCGCGGGGUCCCCAGCUUCGCGCAGAAACGAAACCGAAAGAGGGGACCGAAGGAGGCGGAGCCGCGCCGGCGCCACCCAGCCCUGUGGGGCCCGGACCCGGGCGCGGCCAGGUGUGCAGCGGCCACCAUGGCUCAGGACGGCGUGGAGUUGGAGAAGAGCGUCAGGCGCCUCCGGGAGAAGUUUCAUGGAAAAGUGUCCCCCAAGAAGGCAGGGGCUCUUAUGAGGAAGUUUGGCAGCGACCACACCGGAGUAGGGCGCUCUAUCGUGUACGGUGUCAAGCAGAAAGACGGACAAGAGCUGAGCAACGAUUUGGACGCUCAGGACCCGCCCGAGGACAUGAAGCAAGACCGAGAUAUCCAGGCAGUGGCCACCUCUCUGUUGCCCCUGACAGAAGCCAAUCUUCGAAUGUUCCAAAGAGCCCAAGACGACCUCAUCCCUGCCGUGGACCGACAGUUUGCCUGCUCCUCCUGCGACCACGUGUGGUGGCGCCGUGUGCCCCAGAGGAAGGAGGUGUCAAGGUGUCGCAAGUGUCGGAAACGUUAUGACCCAGUGCCAGCCGAUAAGAUGUGGGGCCUGGCCGAGUUCCACUGCCCAAAGUGUCGACACAACUUCCGGGGCUGGGCACAGAUGGGGUCCCCAUCACCCUGCUACGGGUGCGGCUUCCCUGUGUAUCCCACUCGGAUCCUGCCCCCACGCUGGGACCGUGACCUGGAUCGGCGCAGCACACACACCCACUCCUGCUCAGCCGCAGAUUGCUACAAUCGGAGAGAGCCCCAUGUGCCUGGGACUUCCUGUGCCCACCCCAAAAGCCGUAAGCAGAACCACCUCCCCAGAGUGCUGCACCCCAGCAACCCCCACAUCAGCAGCGGCUCCACGGUGGCCACGUGCCUGAGCCAAGGCGGCCUCCUGGAUGACCUGGACCAUCUCAUCCUGGAAGACCUGAAGGAGGAGGAGGAGGACGAGGAGGAUGGUGGGCCCCGAGAGUGACCCUGACCGGACGCACACAGGAACGACAGACACGAUGGUUUAUCCCAGGUGGACUGGCACACACCUGUAAUCUCAACAUGUGGGAGCCGAAGGAAGAGGGUCUAGAGUUUCAGACCAGCCUAGGCUCCACAGUGAGAUCGUAUCUCAAAUGUGGACUAGGAUAUAGCUCAGUGGUAGUGUGCUUAGAUUGCGGGGCGGGGGGAAGAGGGAGCAGCUCUGUCCCACUCCCCCCCCCAAAGAAGCUUAGCUUUCACUCAGCCCUUCUCACAGUGCAAGGUCCCUAGGUCUUAGUUAGCAGAGAAGGAAUCGGGGCUCCCUGUGCCCCUGGUCUCCUUAUGCUGAAGAACUUACCUUAGGGCACCCUGUAGCCCAGGCUGGCCUUGAACUCCCGCCCCUCUGGCCUCCAUCUGCUAGAGCUGGGACUCCAGGCCUGUGCCACCACACCCAGCUCACCAGAAGGAAACCUGACACUUAGGUUUAGUGUAGGUACCCACAGAGGCUCGAAGUAUGGAUCCCCUGGGACUAGAGCUACCCAGUGUGGGUGCUGAGAACCGAAACCUGGAGGAAUAGUUUGUGCUUCCAACUGCUGAGCCGUCUGCACCUCUCAGAAGGGAAAAUUUGACUUUACCGCUUUUCACCCUAACCAGAUUAGCGAUCCCAUCUUCCUGCCCUCCCACCAGAAUAAAAAUGCUCCCUACCAGAAUAGGAGUCUC